UUUGGCGUAGUCUGCGAGGUUCCGUGCGCGCUUCUGUUGGUUGUGCGGUAUUCGUUGUUGUUGUUGUUGAUUGUUUUGACAGUUGCAUUUGGUUUUCAAGCGUACUUUUUGCGGCGAUCGUUACACCCUCUAGUGCGCACCUGAACGAUAACAGAAACACGAUAUUGAUCUCUGUGCGACGUUGCGAUUGAUGCGAGAAAUCGUCGGUGUCAGUCACAAAUGGACAUAGAUUACAACGCGCAUGUGCCGUUCCCAGUGCAAUAUAGUCUGGCAUGAAGACAGUGCAACUGCAGAUAUGCAACCCCAGUGCCGACUGUAGCGUUUGACCUGUCGAUUUUAUUUGUUGUCAUGAAUCCGGGGGGAAGCACCCCGUUGUUAUGUUGGAUCGUCAUCACCGUCGAUGACUCGAAAAUAACGUUCAAUUCGUUCUCAAUUAACCACGGUACGACUUCACCGAAGGUGCCUUCGCGCUUCUAGUGACGGGUGAGAUAAUAACUAAACAAAAAAAACAAGGUGCCGAGUGUCCAUGAAUAAUCGACGCCUUUCAGUGGAAUUAAUUGGAUAUUGAUGACAACUGAAAAUUUCAUUCGUUCGUACCCAAGGCUUCGGAAACCACUGUUGGCCGUUGGGUCGCGGAAGGAGGGGAAAAAGUGACACCUUGAACAAAACAACACUCGCUCGCUCAGCCCCAGGACCGGUAGGAUCAAACAGUGGCAAACCGCGGCGAAGAUCGUUGUGAAUCUCGCACGUGGUGUGCAGUUUUGUUCGCGGGGGAACGAAUCGAUAAUUUCAUUAGCAGUGUUUGCAAAAUCCGGCAACAUCAUCAGCGGAAGCAACUUCUUGGCGCGUCUUUGGUCCUUUGAAGUUGUUCAGCUUUAUUACCGGGCUUCAUUAGCGCCUGUUUGCGAGCAGCUGCCGAUCACAGAGACUCAUUUACACCAAUUGUUUCAGUUGAAGAGGUGCGAAACGACCGAGUCAAGUCGCUUUCGGCUUGGGUGAUAACUAGAUCACGUUUGGGUAGGAAAAAGUGAAGAUUGGAAAGUACUUAAGGAGAUUCCAGAACCCACGAAUUGGUCUGGUAUAGUUGAACAGCUAAAAAGCGAAACUAAGUGCGACUUUUUGCGUCUUAUUGAAGCAGUGAACGCGAUUCAACUUUUGAGGAAAACCAGUGUGUGAAACUAACAGCAGGUGCCAGUUAAUUAUCCCAUGAAGAAGGAUUAGUGUUUGUAAACCUAAUUAAGUGUCCCGUGUGUUUAUGUUGAUUGGAAUUGGAGCCGUGGUGAGAGCAAGCGGAGGGAAGAUAAAUUAAUUCAUCAAGGCAGGAGUCCCCCUCUUAAUUGGUGUCGUAAUACAGUUGUGUUCCACGUUCUGUGCGUCAGCAAUCACAUCCGGAUUAACAAACAUCGCUGGUAACAAGUUGAGAAUCCGGUGGAUCGUAAAUUGUGUAGUAUUUUCGUGGUGGAACAGUGCGCGUUAGACCGGUUCAAAAUUUACAACAUCGCACGGCUUGCCGAUCUAGAUCAGCCCGGUAGUCACCGACCAAUGGGCAUAUCGGAUGAGGGCAAGCUGCUAGGAGCCGAGGACAUGCCCCACGAGGCUCGGCCACCCCAGGGUAGUCCACUGGAGCGAGGCAGCAUCGGACCGGGGGCGUCGAGCGCAUCGUCCCACCAUGUGAUGAGCAGUCCCGGCCGAGACCCGAACAGCCCCCUGUCGGAUCAGCACAGUGACGACGGGGGCGAUGACUUCACACCAAAGAGAAAGCAGCGGAGAUACCGAACUACCUUCACGAGCUUUCAGCUGGAGGAACUCGAGAAGGCAUUCUCGAGGACCCACUAUCCGGAUGUGUUCACGAGGGAGGAGCUAGCGAUGAAAAUUGGACUAACCGAAGCUCGGAUACAGGUAUGGUUCCAGAACCGUCGAGCAAAGUGGCGCAAGCAGGAGAAAGUGGGCCCGCAGGGACACCCUUACAAUCCGUACCUGGCUUCGGGAGCUCAAGUUCCGUCGGCAACGGUGGUUGCGCCUUCGCUACCUCCGAACCCGUUCACGCAUUUGGGCUUCAAUCUGAGGAAACCUUUCGACGCUGCAAGCCUGGCCGCGUUCCGUUAUCCAACGCUCGGAGGUGGUCAUGUGCUUCCUUCAGCCUACUUCAAUCAGUUUCAUCGAACGCCACCACCGCCGAUGCUGCCGCCGGGAGUUGGCGCUCUCUACACUCCAUCAGCAUCGUUCCAGACACUGUUGGCAAAUAUUUCCGCUGCCCAGCGUGCACCACCGGUAAUGCAGUCGAAACCUUCGCCCCCGGGUGGAGUGAGCAGUUCGGAUUACCUCUCGCAAGGGGGACCACCUCCUCCAUCGAGUCUUCCAACGCCAGCGUCUCCACCGGUUUCACCCACCUCAGUACCAGUUGUUCCUUCGCAGGGUCCGGGCGUUGUAGCUGCUCCCGGGUCUACAACUCCGCCCCAGGAUCGACGCAGUUCUUCGAUAGCCGCCCUUCGUCUCAAGGCUCGGGAGCACGAACUUCGGCUUGAGAUGCUUCGCCAAAAUGGGCACAGUGAUAUCAUUAGCUAAGAUUAAACCCUAGAUACUUUACUUUCACUCCGUACUUCGAUAAACACAAACACACCCUAAACUUUUCAACACCUUCUGAAAACACUGAUUACUAUUGAUCUAGAAACACUGCAACAGCAAAACAACUAUCUCACACACUCUCGCAGCGCGUUUAGCAAGACUCAAUUGCCUUAGGAUAUACACAUAGUGCCUUGCAAAGAAACAAUUAUUAUAAACUACACAGAAAAAAGAAACAGAAACACAUUUAGCAAACAAAAAACACAACGCUCCUGUCAAUUUGAUUUCUAAUUAGCGACAGUGCUGCCAAGGUCGCUCCGCUCGUGUCACUUUGAUUAAUCGAAACGUCACGCGCAGAUGAAGAAUUCCCCGGAGGGUGCGUCCACAGCUUUCACUUCGACCUGUGUCAGUUGCGUGCUGUCGUUUUGGCAACCGUAAAUUUAGCCUAAUUCGCGCGAGACAUUCGCUUAUUUUUUUGUCUUUCCAUUUUCGGACCAAAAGAAAUCUGCUUCGAGGAAUACGAAUGUAACCAACCACUGUGACACGCAACUUUGACCCACAGACAAACGGACAUGAGUCCCAAUUUAUCAGGGUAUUCGAUCGGUGAUCAUUUCAUCCUUCGUCCGAAUAUCUGUUAACUUCCUCAUAAUCGUGGACAGUAUCAAAAUGGUUUAUACCAUCAUCAAGCAAGCAUCAGGCAUCAGCACCAUAAUCAUUAUCAACUCAAAGGCCGAGGGGGGAGGCGACAGAACGCGCUGCAAAAGAGCUUCUGGUUUUUCGCCUCCCGGAGAAACUGCUAAUUUUCGUUUCCACACACACACACACACACACACACCCACAGCCUCAUCUCUGCCGCCGGAGGGAAGAAACCGGGAACCCAGUGUUUCUCAUAUUAGCUGGAAAAAUACAUUUAGUUAUAAUUCCUUCCUCCGCCUUUCUGUCGGUGAAGUCCCGUGCGGUCCGAGUGAGAGGCUUAUUAAGGCCGCGCUGCGCUGUCCGACGGCAAAAUGCGAUUAGAGGCGCGCUGUGGUGCUGCUGGUGAAAACGCAACGGGUCGAAUUAGAUUAAUUUUAUUUUAUACAUUUUUUUUCUGCUUAUUUUGCACCUAAUUCAUAUACUUAGCGGCAGCAAAUGUCUCGCCUAAUGGUAGGUUCCAGGGCCGAGAGUGCGAUCGAUGGAACAGGUUUAUUUUUGCACUGUCGGCUCCCCUGGUCUGACACUAAUAACGGCUGCUGCACGCGACGAUGACGACGACGAGUUGGGGGAAGGUUUUCAUUAAUCGACAACGCGAGAUUAAUCAGGCGAGACGGCAGCUCAAAACACUGGCAGCACUGCCUUUGGGCGGAGAGAGAUGAAAAAACAUGUGACCUCUGCCUCAGGAUGUAAUUAAAACACUCAGAAUUGCGGUGCUCACGAACACGCUGACAGAGAGUCAAUAAGGAUAAGACGGCUCGGAAUAGCAUAAAACUGUAAAUAGUAUGAGAACAAAUAUUUUGGUAGAUAUUUUUGUUCUUCGAUUAGUAUUUAUUGGUAAGCCCAUACAUUAGUUCAAAGAAAUUGCUUAAUGUUGUAAGCAGGAUUCAGCACAGAAACAUGCAAUGGAACGCAACAAUUGUAUACAACACUAAUUUAUAAACCCCUUAGCCCUUAGGAUUUGGUUCGUAAGAGAAACGUAUUGGAUGUGGGAAAAAGUGACUAAAAUGUAAUAUUUGUAUUAUUUCAUGACCAUUUAUACAAGAGAGGAUACCUAACUUCCAUCAACUUAUGUAUUGCGACUCUCUGUUGUUGAAAAGAUUGUACUGCGUACAACAAAAUGGAGUAUAUACGAAUUUGAUAACUUUCAUAUCACCUUUAACACCAACUAUGGAAUAUUUAUUUAAAACUCCACGAGCUCUCUUCCCACAUCCAAACACUUAGCAGCAAUUAGCUUAAAGUUAUGCGUAAGGAUUCGAAGCAAUACAGGCGAUUGAACCUUGAUUGAUAAUUUAUCGAAGUGGAAGCGAAACGUAUGUAAAUUGCCGGGCGUAAAUUUAAUAA